AUGGCCUCGCCCGAUCUCGACCAAGAUAUCUCGCCUGUACCCCGGUCUCGUGAGGAGAACCAGGAAAGGGCGUUCAUCGCUGCGUCGCGACGAAAGGACCGCAGUCUGGAUGCUCGUCUUGAGUCAGCCAACCGAGCGUCGAUGCUGCAUAAGAAGCGGACAGGCAAGGCGUUCCACAUCACCAAAGAGAUCGUCGAGAAAGAGGCCAUGUAUGAAGAAGUCGAUGAGCGCUACCAAGAGAAGCGCAUCCGGAUGUUGCAAGCACAGAACAUGCAGAUCGAAGAGCAAUUCCAUCGUCAUUUGCUGGCUGCCUUUGCAGCCCGCAGUAACUCCAACUCGGCCGCGUCGUCCAUCGCCAGCCGCCGGGCAAGCCUGGCACCGCAUGCUUCUGGAGAAGGAAGCACUGCACGGAAGAUGAGCCUCGACCUGUCCAACUUGCGAUCCCCAUUUUCAGCCGGCCUCGGGUCCGGCUCCCUGACGAGCCCCGUCACCACGGGGGACGGCUACUUGCUGUCUCCAUCCACGACAUAUGACCCCAGCGGACAACCAUAUCUGGGCAACUGCACGGAUGGCUCCGGUGCUUACUCGUCGCACAUGGUCACUCCGGCAGCCCAGAUUCCCGCGUACGCUAUUCAAGCACAGACUCCCACGCCCACUUGGGGCCAGAUGAACUGGGCCUCUUAUCAACAUCAGGUGCCCACUCCUUCUCAGACGCCAAACGACGCACACGCUGUGCGGAUGUGGCAACAGCAGAUGAUGCAGCAAGCGCAAAUGCCGGCGGACGCUGCCGCCGCCAUCCAGAUGCGACAAUUCCGCGAUCGCUUGGCUUCCGCACCGGAACUGCCGGUGCAGCACCUCGCUCAGCCCACGCAGCCCAGUCAACAACCCAUGGCCCCGGCCGCCUCCAUCUCGGGCCCCAGUGGCGGCCACGGCCACGGCCACUCCCGUGGGCACUCCCAGCCCAGUAAUCACGCUCACAACCUUCAACUGCUCACGCAAGGCACCCACCUCACCCACUUGACACCCUCCAACACCGGCUCUCCGCAGGUUGAGACGUUCUCGGCGGAAACUCAGUCCACGCCCGAGUUCUGCCCCACUCCCAAUACGCCCCUGUCUCCUACGGCGCUGGGCACAAUGCAGAAUAGCGGGGUGGUCUCUAAACUUGAUGGGGAUUUCGGCGAAGCACUAAUGGUUUCUCAUGAGGGAUCUGAUCCCGAUUUUAAUGAGUUCAGCCAGUUUGCUCACGGUCUACCCAGUGGUCCCAACUCUCUGUCAGAUCGCGAACCGUUUGGCUUUGACGAGUUUGUCGCACUGGAUGAUUUUGGCACCGUUUCGUGCUAA